AUGAGCCUCCCAUCUUCAAACACCCCAUUAUUGGGCGAACAAGAACAUCAACAUCAACAGCAUCAAUAUACACCUCGUUCAGUUUUGAAAAAUGUUGCUCAUGUGGCAACUGUGACUUUAAAAUCUUCACCAGUCAAUUUCCUACUAGUGUUUGUCCCAUUAGGUAUCAUUGCUGGUAAGUUGGGUUGGUCUUCCACUUCAGUUUUCAUUUUGAAUUUUUUGGCAAUCAUCCCAUUAGCUUCUUUAUUAGCUUUUGCAACUGAAGAUUUAUCAUGUCAUGUUGGUGAAACUUUAGGUGGUCUCUUGAAUGCUACUUUUGGUAAUGCUGUGGAAUUGAUUGUUUCCAUAAUUGCGUUAAGAGAGAAUCAAAUUAGAAUCGUUCAAGCUUCAAUGCUAGGUUCAAUUCUAUCAAAUUUGUUAUUGGUGCUAGGUUGUUGUUUCAUUGCUGGUGGUUAUAAUAGACUACAACAAGCUUUUAAUCAAACAGUUGCUCAAACAAUGAGUUCUUUAAUGGCUUUAGCCACUGCUGGUUUAUUAAUUCCUGCUGCAUUCCAUGCUUCACUGCCACAAAAAGAUCAAGCAUCAAAUGAUGAAAAAAUCUUAGCAUUAUCAAGAGGUGCUUCAAUUGUGUUAUUGGUUAUCUAUAUUUUGUUUUUAUUAUUCCAAUUGAAAACUCAUAAAGCUAUUUUUGAAGAUUUUUGUGAUAGUGAUGAAGAAGAAGAAGCAAGAUUACAACAUCAAAAUGCUGCAGCAGGUUCCCCUAAAUAUGAAAACUACGCUGAAUUGUCCUCAUUUUCAGCAAUUUCACUUUUGUUUAUUGUCACAAUUGUUGUUUCCAUAUGUGCAGAUUAUUUAGUUGGUUCAAUUGAUGACAUUGUUGAAACUAGUGGAUUAUCAAAGACUUUUAUUGGGUUGAUUGUUAUCCCAAUCGUUGGUAACGCUGCUGAACAUGUCACUGCUGUUGUUGUUGCCAUUAAAGACAAGAUGGAUUUAGCCAUUGGUGUUGCUGUUGGUUCUUCUUUACAAAUUGCCUUAUUUGUCACACCAUUCAUGGUUUUGGUUGGUUGGAUUAUUGAUGUUCCAAUGACUUUGUACUUUUCAACUUUUGAAACCGCAGUUUUAUUUGUUAGUGUUUUGAUUGCCAAUUAUUUGAUUUUGGAUGGUGAAAGUAAUUGGUUAGAAGGUGCGAUGCUGAUUGGUACUUAUGCGAUUGUUGCAUUGGCCUUCUUUUACUUCCCAGAUACUCAACUAUAA